AUGUCCUCCCUGGAUGGUCUCUUGCUCUGCAUUGCUGUGCACCUAUUAUAUGGGUUCUAUCUAGAGAGCUUCAACCGUACAGUGGCCAUUGGUGCCCUGCAGUGGAUCGCGAUGCAAGGGGCUACGCAGGCUAGGGACGAUGAGGCGGCCGCUGAAGAGCGCAGGAGGAUCGAACGCCUCCAACGUCAGCGGAAGGAGCGCCGCGCCCGACGCAUGGCGGAAUGGGUGACCGAGCUCCGCAUUAUGGAGGACGAUGACUUUGUAAACGUCUUCCGCAUCUCGCCUGAACUGCUGGAGUUCAUCGCACCUGUCAUGGCCCUCCCCAUGAGCCACUUCAUUGUGAAGCUCGGGAUCCCGCUCGACCUUUGUGUCCUCAUCCCUAUCAAGUACUUUGCCAGCGCCAUGACCUUCAUUGACCUAGGCCUCUACUUCGGUCUGCCCAAGACCAUUGUGCACAGGAUUGUGGAGGCCUUCCUCGUGCACUUCCCCCGGAGGUUCAAGAAGACCUGGGUGCGCUUUCCCACUGCAGAGGAGAUGGCGGAGAUGGCAUCCGACUUCAAGGAAGGCAUCUUCCAGCAGUCCGAACUGCACGCCCGCCUAGAGCGUGGUGACCUCGGACCGUACCAGAUCGUCGGUGAUGCUGCCUACCCGCUGCGCAGCUACUGCCUCACUCCUGUGAAUGCAACCCGCAGGCGCCUGAUGAAGAGCUGGGAGCAGACGUAUAACUACAUCCAUUCCGCCACCCGCAUGGUUGUGGAGCGGACCAUUGUCCGACCUGCGCAAGCGGAGGAAGCAGUUUGGGAAGCACAUGCAUCGUGCUUACCUGAGGAGGCACCGCCCGUGGCGCUUUGA